AUGGCCAAAGAACUGGAGAUCAGCGAAAAAAGCGUCCGAACCAUCGUGAAAAACAAGUUGGGACUUUUUUCUUACAAGAUCAAUCGCUUCCACUUCUUCAAUGACACAAUGAAGCAGAAAAGAUUGAUAAAAGCUCGACGGAUGCUUCGCUUGACCGCUGGUGCUCGCCUUUCGAAGGUUCUCUUUACCGAUGAGAAGAUCUUCACCAUCCAGCCCACACAUAACCGUCAAAAUCCUCGCCAACUGCUUAAGAAGGGUCAGAAGAAGACCGCUGCUGCAAAAAACAUCGGACACAGUCACUUUUCAGGCCCCGUAAUGGUCUGGGCUGCAUUUGUGCCACUGGGAAGACGCCGCUUGUUUUCAUUGACAGAAAUGUCAAAAUUAAUGCUGCGAGCUAUCAGCAGCGGGUUCUAUGCGAUGUACUAA